AUGGGCCGGGCCGGCGGGGAAGGGGGGAAGGGGCGGCCGGGGGCGUCCUCCCCGCUCCUCCUGGGGGUCACCUUCCUUUUGCAGUUGGCAGCGGGGAGCCGGCUGUGUCUCCCGGACCGAGGGUACCAACCCCAGGCCGUCGCCUCCUCCUACAGGGAGCCUUCCGGGAUUGCCCCGGCCCUGGUGAGGCUGGUGGGUGGGCAGGGACUGCCCCACGACGAGGAGGACAGGGAGGAGGAGGAGGAGGAGGAGGAAGAAGAGGAGGCCGGUCCUCGGACGGCCCUUGCUCAGGACUUUUUGCUUAAAAAGGAUGCCGAUGAAGCCAGCUGCCGCUCCAGUACAGCAGGAAUCCGCCACAGAACCAAAGACCGCAAUCUCCUGUUGACGUCUGCAGCCUCAAAUAAUCAGUGGAGCUCUUCGCUGUUUUCUCUGAUGCCCUCGUGGACGCAGAAGAUUUUAUAUAAACGAGAAUCUUCCAUUACACACCCACUGCAUGAAGAUCCUUCAAGACCUUCAGUGACUUCUGAAUUUGGAAUAACUUUUCAGAAAUGUGCUAUGGUAUCCAGUCAGAGGGAUCCCCAGGCGGCCAGUGUAAGGCUUCUCAUUAACAACACCAACACGCCUCGGGCGUCCAAUCUCUCCGAUCUCGUCCUGCUGGAUAAUAUCACCGGCCUCGUGGUUCAAGGAUCUACAGGAAAUCGGACUUCGGACGGAUUGCAAGUGUUCAGGAAAAUGUUUCUCCCAGUGGGAGAUUAUUAUGCUGUUAACUAUAUCGCCUUCAUUAAUGCAAAAGAAGUGAAGAGCAACGGAAUCCUGACUCUCCCUGCCCAGCUCACCUUUAACAGUUCGUCUCUGAACAAAACGGUAUUGAAGGCCUUCUUCAGCAUAACGGGACAAGACAAGACAAAGGUUGCAUUGAACCCGGGACUCCAUGCAGCAGGAUUCUUCAUUGGCUUUAUUGUUUCCCUUGUGGUCACAUCUAUUGUUUUUUUAUGUAUUUAUCACUACCAGGGCUUCAGAUGGAGCAUCCUUAAUAACGAUUGGGCUCAACAGAGCAUCCCUCAGGCAAACUUCCUGGAAUACUCGCAUUUCACGUUCGCUGAUGCCCUCCAUGAAAAAUUCCCCAGCGAUGACCGGAUCCUUGAAAUCCUUGCUUUUGAUGAGGCAGAUAACAUGCUCCAAGCCUUGAAAGACUUGGAGAUGGCCGACCUGAAUCGGGCGGAUGCUGAGCUGGAAGCCUAUCGCGAGCAGAUCUGCAAAGAUGUCAUCGCACUCUCGUUGAAGGCCAUGGUGGCCAGCGACCACCUCACUCCCCUCCUGGAGAAGACGAUGAGUUCGGCCUUCAGAAGUCUGUUCGCCGGGCUGGACGGCGAAGUUCGGGAAGAGUACAAGAGGAAAGUGGUGGCGUUAACCGCCGAGUGUGACCUCGAGACGAGGAAGAAAACGGAAGCCCAGGCCCGGAGAGAGGCGGCUGACCGGGAAGAGGCGGAAGAAUUGCUGAAUCGCGUCAAUGAGAAGUCUGCUAGCGAAUACAGAAGUCUUUUGGAUAAUCUUCACAGAUUGGAGCGGGAGCAAACGCAAAGGUCCCUCUGGGUGAAGCGGGAGGAAGACUUCGCCAAAGCUUACAGACAGCUGGCUAUUUUCCAGCGAAAUGAGAUACACAAGAUCUUUUUCACACAGAUAAAAAGUGUUCUUUUGAAGGGGGAACUGAAGUUAGAAGCAGCUAAAACAUUACUUCUGGAUUACUCUAAACGACAGGCUGAGAUAGAAGAAUUAAUGGAUUAUCUGCAGGCUAAUAAGAAGUAUCACCUGAGUCAAAGAUUUGCCUCCAGGGAAUGCCUUAUAGGGAAUAUCCGGAUAUCGGAAUCCCGCGCUCAGGGGUUCCUGAACACAGCUGCAACUCAGCUAAUCGGCCUCGUCAAUAAAACUGAAAGAGCUGGGUACUUGGAUGAAAACCAGAUGAGAAUUCUGUUGGAUCGAGCUCAAGCUGAAGUUCUUUCAGUUCGACACAAGUUGGAAAAUGAUUUAAAACAUGAGAAGAAAAAGCUUCAUCAAAAAUUAAUGAUCAGGAGAAGACAAGAAAUAUUACUCAAGCGAAAGGAGCACCAGAAGGAGCAGCUUUCUCUGGGCGAGGCGACGAGGACGUCUAAGGAGGUGGGUCCUUACCUUCGCCGGUGGCAGGAGCUGCUCCGCGAUUCCGAGGCAGCGUCGGAGGGGUCGAUGGACAGGCUGGACGCCACCGCCGCCGAGGAGCUGAAGGGGCUGAGGGACAACCUGACCCAGAAGGCCGUCGAAGACCUGGGGCGCGUCCGGCACGGGGCCUUGGCCCAGGAGCUGUGGAAGCUGGACGUGCCGCGCCUUUUUGUGCAGCGGCUCCUGGAGGAGCAGGACAGGGAGCUGGCCCUUCGCGCCGAGCAGCUCCAACAGGCCGAGCGGGACGCCGGCCGGGACGCGCGGGAAUCGCUCCGGAAAACCGGGCAGAAGCUGAAGGAGGAGUUGGAGAGCGGCCUCGCCGCGCAGAAGGAGUUGAGGGACCGGGAACGCUUGGUUUUCACGAAACUUCUCUGUUUACCCCUUUCAUUAUCUGAAGAGCAGUUACAUAAAAUGAAACAGGAGUUUCACUGCUGCUUUUCUCAGCUGGAUAGCAGUUUGGCCUUGCCCAAGAUAAGAACUAGGGUGUUACUUCAGAACUUUCAGUCGGACUGGAUCGAAGCCGAACUGCUCAAAUUGAAUCAGGCCUUAUCCGUACCUGAAGUACAGCAACAAUCCAAAAUGAAAAAGCAACGCUGCAAGACCAGAAGUAAGACAGAAGUUUUGAAACAGUUGGUGGAGGAUAAAAUUCACAUUUUUGAAGAACCGGUCUCAGAGGACAUAAUCGAGAAGGCUCACAGUGAAUUACUGCUUGAAAGAGGACGUCAAGUGAAGGCUCAGGAGAACAAACUAGGAGGAUACAUUGCAGCUUUACAGUUCCAGAAGGCUGAUAAGAAAUCAGAAACGUUUGAGAUUUAUACCACUCUCCUAAGCGUGCAGGGCCUGCUCUUGGAAGAACUGAGCAUGUCGGAAACACUGACAGAGUCAGCUUGCGCUCAGAUUUUAGAGUCACGUGGUUCCGAAAUUGAAGAACUUGACAGGAAGCUGGAAUCUGAGCUGGCUCAUAAAGAAUCCUCUCGACAACAGCAGGCCGUACUGAAUAGGCAGAGGUGGAUUUCCGACGGCCUGGGGCUUUUGAAGGAGGAUGGAGAAAUUGAUUCAGAAAGACAAAUGUCAGCCCUUUUAUGGCAGGCUUUAAAGAAGUGUCCGAGGCUGAUAGAGCUUUACAAUCAAAGUUUAAGAGAAGAACUGCAGAGCCUUGUUGUGUUUGAAGACCGGCUGGAAAGCCUAGAGAUGGAUGCUUUUUUAAACCUUUAUACUCAGGAUCUCCGGUUGGCGGCUUAUUUAUCCAAACUGACAGUGAUCCCUGAGGGGCUGCUGCCCCGACUCCUGAAUUUUCUGCUUCCUGCCAGUUCACAGAAUGAGCUCCUUCCUGUUCUGGAAUCCAUCAGGGAGAAAUAUUCAGAGGACGCUGCCGCGAGCGACAGCGACGGGGAGCAAACCGAAAGCGCUAGAAAACGGAAACAUCAGAGUUCGUGGCAGGCUUUAGAGAGCAAACUAAGACGGGAUCUGAUAAACAGAGGCUUAGACAUGGCCCUGGAUGCCGGUCGGAAGAAGGAAAGUAUUUUGAAGAAGAAACCACUUCCACCCAGGGCGAGACCGUCACCCUCCCGAAGAAACAGCCCGCCUAAACUUUCCAUGGAAGCUGUGAGCGAGCAAGAUUCAAUGAACUAUGCUGCUGUUGAAACAGAAGACGCAUUGGGAAAAGGGGAGAAAAUAUUCAUAUUCACUAAUCAAGAAGAUGCCGUCCGUCCUAUCCAAGCCUGCCCAAAGAAAAAGAAAAAGAAGAAUUUCCUGAAUUCGAAAAAGUCCACUUUGGUUACGAGUGGUAAAUCACUGGAGGGAAAUCUGGUUGGCAAAUCAGUGUAUUGCGGGAAGGAUGUUAACACGGUCGGGGAAUAACUAAACAGGGGUAAAUUUUACACAUAUAUAGUGUAUAUUGAAAUCUUUUUUGUAUAACUACACAGUAUAAGCUGCCAAUAUAAAAUGCCCUUGUAUACUUUGUGAGUCAGCUCCGUGGUUUGGCUUUCAACCUUGUGGGUUUGAUUUGAGGCAGGGAAUUUCACUGCUAUCAAUCAAGUAAUCAAUCAGUGGUAUUUAUUGAGCACUUACCGUGUGCAGAGCUGUUGGAAAAAUACAGUAGAGUUGGUAGACAAAAUCCCACCUCACAAGGGGCUUACAUUGCACAGAGGGAGACACAAGAAAAUAAAUUGUAGAUAGGGGAAAUGGUAAAUAAGAAGGAGAAAAAGUGUAAAGUAGAGCGUAAGGUGAGA